AUGACCCCCACCAAGCUACGCGUCGCCAUCAUCGGCGCCGGCCCCGCGGGCCUCGCCGCCGCGAUUGAGUUUGCCAAGCUGUCGUUUGUGGAGGUGCGGAUCUACGAGCAGGCGCGCGAGCUGCGCGAGAUGGGAGCGGGGAUCGGGCUGAGCCCUAAUGCGUGGCGAAUGCUGGACGCGCUGGGCGUGUAUGAGAAUCUGGACAAGAAGGAUUUGUUUCGCCCCGCAGAUGGGCAUUUGGUGCAGCAUCGGAAUGGGAGGACGGGGGAGUUGUUGCUGUCGCAUAAGCAGGAGGGUAUACCUGCUCGGUACUACCAAGCCAGGACUAUGCGUCCGGUGCUGCAGAAGGCGCUUUUGCAGGGUGUGGAUGGGUCGCGGCUGAGACUGUCGAGUCGGUUGCUGGGGAUUGUGGAGAAGCCUGCUGGGGGGUGGAGGUUGAGGUUUGAAGAUGGCUUCGAGGAUGAGGUGGAUCUGCUGGUGGGCGCGGACGGAAUCCGCUCGAUUGUCCGCCGGUUCGUCUACCCCAAUUACCGGCUGCGAUAUACAGGCACCACCGCCUACCGGGCCCUCGCAGACACCACCGACAUCCUGAGCAUACCCGGUUUUCCGGACGCCAACACCUUCUGGCAUGGUCCGUAUGACCGGCUGUACACGUGCAAUCUCAGGAAUAACGUGUAUGAGCUCGCGGCGCGGGUGCGGCUCACGGAAGACGCUGCGCCGGUGAGUUGGGGGCAGGUGGCGUCGGUGGAGGAGGUGAGCGAGCGGUUCAAGACCUUCUCCCCGAUGCUGCAACGCGCACUGGCGAAGAUCAAAGUGGUGAAGAAGUAUGCGCUUUUCAAUGGACCGCGGUUGCCUCGGGUAGCUUCGCAUGGAUCGAUUGCCUUGGUGGGAGACGCGUCUCAUCCUCUCGCUGGGGAGUUCGGCACAGGAGCCGGCUGCGCCUUUGAGGACGCCUAUGUCCUUGCACGGGCAGUACAAUGGGCUUACGAUCGGGGCUACCCCAUCCGAGAUGGAUUAGAUCUCUUCGAUCAAGUGCGAAGACCGCAUUAUCAUGCAAUGUUCGAUAUUGUGGACGGAUUCGCUCAGUCCCAGAUAUCUCGACAGAAGAUCACGGAUUUCGACGACGCAGCCCUGCAAAUCCUGGCGGACGAGUGGAGCGGCGGACAUCACUGGCUGUACACUUACCAGGUGGAAGAUGUUUGGCGGAGAGCGUGGAAGGCAGAAGAUGGUCGGCGGAGUCAGACAACUGGUGUUGAGGACGGUGAUCAUGAUGGGAGCGAGAACGGAUCGCAUUUGUAG